AUGGCACUGUGGGCCCCACAAGUGGGCCCCACUGCUGCUGACGUGGCACUGUGGGCCCCACUGCUGCUGACGUGGCGAGGCAGUGUGGGCCCCACUGUUGCUGACGUGGCAGUGGGUCCCACUGUGGGACACCUCGCUACUGAUGUGGCAUUGGGGGACCCUUCUGCAAUUAAGCCUCCAGACUUGAAGAAAAAGCAAAAAGAAAGGGUGCAAGAGGACAGCGAGGAUUAUGUUCCAGAGCAUACGGAGGAACAUGAUGAUGAUAGUGAUUCUGAAGUUCCGGCAAAGAAAACCAAAAAUGUGAAGAAGACCAAGUCUCUUUUUGGACCAACAACUCGUUCAAGAUCCAAUGCUCCUCCUGUGAAAGAUGUUACAAGUGACAAGGAAGUGAAUGAUGCAAACCACGAGGAACAUGUCCCUAUUCAGUUACCAGAAGCGGGUGGAAAAGGUACGGUGGAUGAUUAUAUGGCUAUGCGGAAACGCCAAAGGGAGAAUUCUGUAAAGGCUGCCACAACCAAAAAACCACCUCAACCUGCAGAACCACCUCAACCUGCAGAACCUAGCUUGGCUGAUUACGAAGAUGGAGAAGAAAAUGAAGUUGAAGUUCCAAAGAGAUUCCGAGGAGGAACAAGAAUGGAUAGAGUUCACUCCAGGCCCUUUGACAAGAGAGUUGUGAUUGACAUGAAUAGCCGUUUCCAGCCUAUUUCAGAUGACGACAAAGUUGUGUCUGAACUUAGCAAUUUUUUGGGGACAAUGGCGAGACGUUGUGUGGCGCUAACUUAUGUAAGUUGGCGUCAUGUUCCUAAAAGCCUGAAGGACACAAUGUGGAGUUAUGUGAAGCAACGGUAUAUUAUUCCUGAGGAAUUGAGAGCAUGGUCGAUGAUGACAAUUCAAGAAUCUUGGAGGGGGCGCAAGUGUCGCUUGAAGAAGGCACAUUACACUCCCUAUGACAAUGAUGAGGAUAGGCUGGAAAAUAGGCCUGAAGAUGUUCCACUUGAAACUUUCAAGUCGCUGAUAAAAUACUGGGGAGAUGCAAAAGUUCAGGAAAAUGCGAGGAAAUGUGUUGUGAGCCGUAGUUUUGUGGUUGACACACAUACUGCUGGUCCUAGAUGUUUCUCACAAGUAAAAUACAAAAUGCAAAAGAAGAUGCAGCAGACUAUGCCGGAUGCGGGUGAACCAUCAGAUGCGAAAGUUUUUGUUAAAACUCGUAAACGACACCCAGGACGCACAUAUAUGACUGAGCCUUCUGUAAUGAAGUACAGAAUUGAUAAGAUUAAGAAGAAGCUCAGCACAGCAGAAGAGGGGAUUGAUGAACUGAUCACAGAUGGAAAAGAACAUGGUUCAUCUUGGCUUGUAGGAAGAUCAGUGGAGCCAUCCAAAAUUCCUGCCGCUGCUCCAACACAGACGUAUGUGCAGGACCUCACAAGCAAGAUAAGGGAAAGUCUGGUGGAAGAAGUCGAGGCAAAAGUGAGUGAGAGGGUGCAAUCAGAGUUGGAUGCUCAGGUUAACAAAAAGGUCCAGGAAAAUUUGACAUAUGUGCUUAAAAAAUUGGGUGAAGCAAACCCAAAUAUCAACAUUGAUCUUGGGGAGCUUUGCACGACCGUCUCGAGUGACCAAGAAAAUGGCACUCCUACGACUGGUGGCACUAGCUCUUAG